AAGUUUCGCAUACCAGGUCUUCUAGCAUAGCAGCACCGUCUAUCUGGAUCAAAUCUUCUCGCCAUGUCGACCCCUUUAUACACGACGCUGCCAAACUCUACCUCGACCCGUGUUCUGACAAUAUACCCCUGCAGUACCGAUUCCGAAACACUGUCAGCCUCUCUCGCGAUCAUCGACAUUGACAAAUAUCCAACGUUCGACGCUGUCUCGUACACUUGGGGUACCGAUCUCGACGAGCAAGAGAUCAUCGUCGACGGCCACAGACUGCGCAUCCGAAAGAAUCUUCAUGACUUCCUUCUCCAGCUACGCCGGGAGAAGCAGAGAAGGCCCAUCUGGAUUGAUGCGCUCAGCAUCAGCCAGACAGACCUCGACGAGAAGGCUCAGCAAGUACAAAUGAUAGGCCGUAUCUUCGGCGCGGCUAGGCGAGUUUUUGUUUGGACCGGUCUACACGCUGACGGCAGUGAGAAGCUGUUCCGGGACAUCAAGGCGCGUACUUCAGUUUUGGGUAUGGCAAGGGGCUUGAUGACCAGCAAAAAAGCAUCCAAAUCGAAAGACCAAGAAUCAAAUGUCCUUGCUUGGAUCAACUUCAUCAACAGGCCAUAUUUCGGCCGCGUCUGGAUCAUCCAGGAGCUGGCACUGGCACAGGGUCUCACGGUGUACUCUGGGGACGACUCACUUGAUUGGCAGCCUCUGAUCGAGUCGUCAGCAGGACUACGGGGUGUGAGGAACCAGCUCGGUCAGAUCUCCGCGGGCGAGGCUCGUGUCGUCCAUCAAAGGGGCGACACCAGACACGGCCAGCUGGGUGCUGGCAUGCUGGACAUCAUCAUCGCCUUACGACGGUCUGCCCAGAAGGAUGACGAAGUCGGCGAUGUCGAACAAAAGAGCGCGAGGGAGAUAUCAAUGCUAUCGCGCGAAUUCCAGCACGCCGAAUGCUCGGACCGGCGGGACAGAAUCUAUGCGCUGUUGUCGCUGGAGUAUCUUCCACAAGAAAGAUCGCCAUACCGCGACCUCGAGCCGCUGGUUGUCGACUAUACAAUCGAUAUACCGAACUUGUUCAUCGCUACAUGUCGCCAGAGACUGGCCAUUUCGCAUGAAAACAUUCCACUUAGCAGCAACGACCCAUCACUAGUCAUGUUCCGCGAUAUUGAAGCCUCGAUGAAGCUGCUCGGACAGCCCAUCCUUCUUGAAUCGCGCCACGUCGAAGUCACCGCUGGCCUUAUCGAAGGAUUGAUCUUGACACCUGCUGAGCUGAAUACGAUUCUUGAGACUGUUGCGACAGGGAUUCGCGAAACCGCAGCCGAGUGGAAGUGGUGGUGCUAUUUCGCCGGCCUCGUUGUUGUUGCCAUGUUCGUGGAGGGCGAGAAGUGGGAAUCUCCAAGUCGCAGAGAGUCGACGGCGAUUCCCCAGCAGAUGCAAGAGAGCAUAAGGAAAGCAUUGCUGCGAGACGGGAUAGGAAUUGUAGGGGAGUAUCUAAGAAGCUUGUGA